UAAAUCUAUCAAAUUUGAUUAGGUAAAACAAAAUAUUUUGCAUGUGUCGUUAAUUCAGAUGUUAAUUGACCAAUUUACCUUUUGAUUGCUUAUAAAAAAUAUUUCCAUGCUUAAUGGCUGGCAGUCAAAAAAGUCCAAAAUUGCAUAUUUUGCCCUAUAAAUUGGGCUAUAGCACAAAAUUGUGACGUGCUGGAGCAAAUCUGAGCCCGGAUUCAGAUUCAGCGGCCCAAAAUCUGUCAGAGUCACAUAAGUUUGCUCUUGAGGCAGACCAAAAGUUAACUUUUGUUGCGCUGUGUUAUUAUCGAUGAAACCCUCUAAAAACUUACUAAAUACCACGACAUUCGAAGUUACUUUAUAUCUAUGGAAUGGCUGUAUGCUGGUUUUUAAUUUUUCCAUGGUUUGUCUAGUACCAAAGGAGCUUCUUAACCUUAUAAACUAUUGACAUGAUACUUUCCGAAGAAUCGUUAUCAUACGUUCCUGGUUAUUCUCGAAUACGUUGUUGGUGCGGGAAAAGCCAGAACACUAAGUGCUUUCGUUGAAUGCAUCACUCUGCGUAAUUAACGGGAUGUACGUUUGAUAACCGCAGUAGUGGUAGCAUUCGAAUUGGUUAUCCCUCUAAUACCCAAUUUUUUUUAUUUAGAUCUAAAUAUCAUGUUUCGUCAUUUAAAAUCGAUUUAAAAAUGUUUCGGAAGAUGACUUUUUUUAAUUCUCAAUUUUGUGAAUUUCGGUUUUUAUUUUUUAUAAUUUUUAUUUUUGAACAUCCUUACUCAUUCAUAUUUUUCCUGAAAGCCUAUUUGUUUUUUUUUUCAAACGAAACAUUUUGAGAUUUUAUGAUUAUUGCAGAUAUGUAUAUUUUUAUUUAUUUUUUUUUCAUUGAAAAUUAUAUUUCCCGUGUAAUUUUAAGGAAAACAAUUAUAGAGUGUAUUCGACUCCCUUAAACUAUUUGACUAUGAUAGAAUGAUUUGGGAGAAAAUUAAAAUAUGUUAACUGUUUCGAUUCAAUACUAAAUAUUCAAUGACUUCUGAAACGUGACUAAAACAUCAAUUUUUCAAUGAUUUAAAAAAUGUAAAUACGCUUCAAAAGACAUCAAAAACAAUUUUGAGAUAUACAGAACAGUCCUAAGCCAAAAAAAUCAUUGUCUACGAAACAUAAAUUAUAAAAAUGCUCAAACUAUACCCCGUCUAAAGCGGGGUUGGAUAUUAGAGGGUUAUAUAUAAUUCCGAUUUAAGUCCACGAGAAAUUUCUGAAACCACAAGAUGAGUAAGUGGAAACUCAAAAGCUCAUAAAAUAACAUGAUUGAUAGAAGUACAACUGUGGCUUAUUUGAAUAACAAAUGAAUCAUUACUGCAACUAUGAAGCAAGCGCACUGGACUACAUAUAAAAGAGCAACAUCAACAGAAACAUUCAAUCAGUAACUAAAGAAGAUGUCGUCGUUGAAAGCAAUCAACCUAGGGAUCGUUCCCAUUCUACUAGUCGCAGGCUUUUUACCAUCGAUCGCCCAAGCAAAGGUGUACGGCUUCUGCGAGUUGGCCCAACUGCUGCACUACAAGCACGGAAUCGCUCGAGCUGACCUGCCCAACUGGAUGUGCUUGGUGCGUUCGGAGAGCUCCUUCGACACCAGAGCGACUCACUGGAACAGCUACGACGGGUCCACCGAUUGGGGGCUGUUCCAGAUCAACGACCGCUACUGGUGCGAUCCGGGAAAUCAACUUCCCACCGCCAACGUUUGUCGAGUGAAGUGUUCAAAAUUUCUAGUUCCCAACCAAGACGAAGCGAUGAAAUGCGUACGGAAGAUCUACGAGGUCCACGGAUUUGAAGCGUGGGCCGGUUGGAAGAAUCAAUGCCGCGGAAGGAAACUAGAUGACGUCAAGCAAUGCUUCUGAGAACAAAAAAAACAAUGGAUUUUGUUCGCUAAAGAGAUAAUUAAAAGCUCAGGUAUUGAGUAGAAUCGGAUUUCUUUAAUACAUAAUUUGCUUCAUCAAAAAUUGUUGACGCUGUUUUUGCAGUUGUUACACUUAUAAUAUUCAAAAAUGAAAAGUUAAUAGCCAAGACUACCCGAAAGAUGAAACAUGAUAAGCUCUUUGAUUUUAAAAGAAUCUAUACAUGGAAAUGUUUGAUUUUUUUUUUUCGCAAAUGUUGUUUUUUAGAAUUACUUGUUUGUGUUGGGUAUUUUUGAUAGCUUUUUAACAUGUUUUCUUAAUAAAGUCGGAACCUGCUCGUUGUGCCACAACAUCGACCAUUGACCAACCAACGAAUUCGAUUCGUUAGUUGAGUCGAGCGACAGAAGCAUAACAUUUAUUGGGGGGCAUGCGCAUUGUUUGUUUUGGUCACGUUGCGAUCGUUUAUGUUGGGAGUAAAAUGCGAAAUUU